AUGUGGGCAUCUUGGGCUGCCGGCCUGUGGCUGCUCGGUCUCUGGGCCACCUGCAGCCAUGGGGCACAUACAGGCGAGCAGUGCCCACCUUCACAGCAAGAAGGGCUCAAAUUGGAACAUAGCAGCGACUUAUCAUCCAACGUGACAGGCUUCAACCUCAUCCGCCGACUCAACCUCAUGAAGAUGUCUGCCAUCAAGAAGAUCCGCAACCCCAAAGGGCCUCUCGUCCUGAGGCUGGGGGCAGCCCCACUGACCCAGCCCUUGCGGCAAGUAUUCCCUCGGGGCCUCCCGGAUGAGUUUGCCUUGGUGCUGACACUAUUGCUGAAGAGACACACCCACCAGAACACGUGGUAUUUGUUUCAAGUGACUGAUGGAGUUGGGUACCCACAGAUUUCCCUAGAAGUCAACAGCCAAGAGCGGAGCCUGGAGCUCCGGGCCCAGGGCCAAGAUGGCGACUUUGUGUCCUGCAUUUUCCCAGUGCCCCAGCUCUUUGACCUGCGCUGGCACAAGCUGGUGCUGAGCGUGGCUGGACGCGUGGCCUCUGUGCAUGUGGACUGCACCUCGGCCUCCUUCCAGCCCCUGGGGCCCCGGUCACCCAUGCAGCCUGUGGGCCAUGUAUUUCUGGGCCUGGAUGCUGAACAGGGCAAGCCUGUCUCGUUUGACCUUCAGCAGGCGCACAUCUACUGUGACCCAGAGCUUGCCCUGGAGGAGGGCUGCUGUGAGAUUUCACCAGGAGGGUGCCCUCCAGGGACUUCCAAGGCCCGCCGGGACACCCAGACCAAUGAGCUCAUCGAGAUCAAUCCACAGACUGAGGGCAAGGUCUACACCCGCUGCUUCUGCCUGGAGGAGCCACAAAACACCAAGGUGGAUGCUCAGCUGUUGGGAAGAAUCAGUCAGAAGACAGAAAGGGGAACAAAGGCCCAUCAGGGGACAGCAGCUGAUCAGUGCCCACCCUGUGUCCAUGGUGCCCAGGAGAGCAACGUCACCCUUGGUCCCUCUGGCCCCAAGGGAGGGAAAGGUGAACGGGGCCUGCCUGGUCCAUCUGGCCCCAAGGGAGAGAAGGGAGCUCGGGGCAAUGACUGUGUUCAGAUCUCCCCGGAUGCCCCACUUCAGUGUGCAGAAGGCCCAAAGGGAGAGAAGGGGGAGUCAGGAGCCUUGGGACCCUCGGGACUCCCGGGCUCAACAGGCCAGAAGGGCCAGAAAGGCGAGAAGGGAGACGAAGGCAUUAAGGGCACACCGGGGAAGCCAGGCCGAGAUGGCCGGCCAGGAGAGAUCUGUGUCAUUGGGCCCAAAGGGCAGAAGGGAGACCCUGGCUUUGUUGGGCCUGAGGGGCUGGCAGGGGAACCCGGGCCCCCUGGCCUCCCUGGACCCCCUGGGAUAGGACUGCCUGGGACUCCGGGGGAUCCAGGUGGUCCGCCAGGCCCUAAGGGAGACAAGGGCAGCUCUGGAGUGCCAGGAAAGGAAGGUCCUGGUGGGAAACCUGGAAAACCAGGGGUGCCAGGGCUGAAGGGAGAGAAGGGAGACCCCUGUGAAGUGUGUCCAUCGCUGCCUGAAGGGUUUCAGAACUUCGUUGGGCUUCUGGGAAAGCCAGGGCCCAAAGGGGAACCAGGUAGUCCUGCACUGGCCAGGGGAGACCCUGGCAUCCAAGGCAUCAAAGGAGAGAAGGGGGAGUCCUGCUCAUCCUGCAGCUUAGGUGUGGAGGCCCAGCAACUCAGGUCCUCUGCAGAGGCCACAGAUAUUGUGGGCUCCCCUGUCUUUGGCUUGCCUGGCCUGCCAGGGAAAGUUGGGGCUCCAGGGCCAACAGGGCUAAAAGGAGAGAAGGGUACUUCUGGAGACGCAGGGCCAGCUGGCAGUCCAGGGCUACCAGGGCCAGUGGGACCAGCAGGAACCAAAGGGGAAAAGGGGGAGCCUUGUGAGCCAUGUACAGCCUUGUCCAAGCCUCAGGAUGGGGAUGGCCAUGUGGUGGCCCUGCCUGGCCCACCCGGAAAGAAGGGGGAGCCUGGGCCUCCAGGCCUCAACCUGCCAGGAAAACCGGGCAAGGCUGGAGAGCGAGGAAUGAAGGGGCAGAAGGGUGAUGCUGGGAAUCCAGGAGACCCUGGAAUACCGGGCAUCACAGGGCAGCCGGGACUGUCUGGAGAACCUGGGGUCCGGGGCCCCACAGGGCCAAAAGGAGAAAAGGGUGAUGGCUGCACUGCCUGCCCCAGCCUGCAGGGGGUGAUGACCAACAUGGCCGGACUGCCUGGGAAGCCAGGCCCCAAAGGAGAGCCGGGCCCUGAAGGCGUGGGCAGGCCUGGUAAACCGGGCCAGCCUGGUCUACCGGGAGUUCAGGGGCCCCCAGGACUGAAGGGGACACAGGGAGAGCCAGGGCCUUCAGGACUGGGAGUCCAGGGGCCCCAGGGGGAGCCUGGAGCCCCAGGUUUACCUGGCAUUCAGGGGCUUCCGGGACCUCGGGGACCACCUGGCCCCACUGGAGGGAAGGGUGCCAAGGGACCUCCGGGGGUGAAUGGAGCCACUGGACCUGCAGGACCUCCUGGUACCAGUGUCUCUGGGCCUCCGGGCCAUGAUGGGCAGCAAGGACAGAGCGGGCUUCCAGGAGCCAGAGGGAUGCCAGGUGAAAAGGGAUCUCAGGGAGAGAAGGGUGAGCCAGGGGAGUGCUCCUGCCCCGCUCGGGGAGACCCCAUCUUCUCUGGCAUGCCGGGUGCUCCGGGACUUUGGAUGGGCAGCUCCUGGCAGCCAGGCCCGCAGGGUCCCCCGGGUGUUCCCGGACCACCAGGCCCCCCUGGAGUGCCUGGGCUGCAGGGAGUGCCUGGAAACAACGGUUUGCCGGGACAGCCUGGGCUGGCUGCAGAAUUGGGAUCCUUGCCAAUUGAACAGCAACUCCUUAAGACCAUCUGUGGGGACUGUGCCCAGGGACCAGUGUCCAUCCUGGAGAAAGGGGAGAAGGGAGACCGGGGCAUCCCCGGUGUGCCAGGCCUCGACAACUGCGCCCGGUGCUUCAUCGAGCGGGAACGCCCACGAGCUGAGGAGGCCCGGGGGGACAACAUCGAAGGAGACCCAGACUGUGUCGGGAGCCCCGGCCUACCUGGUCCUCCAGGACUGCCAGGCCAGAGAGGGGAAGAGGGUCCGCCUGGCAUGAGGGGCUCCCCAGGUCCUCCAGGCCCUAUUGGCCUCCCAGGUUUUCCUGGUGCCGUUGGCUCCCCCGGAUUGCCUGGUCUUCAAGGAGAGCGAGGCCUCAGGGGCCUGACAGGAGAAAAGGGAGAACCGGGUCCUCCAGGGCAGCCUGGUUACCCAGGUGCCAUGGGCCCCCCAGGACUGCCAGGCAUCAAGGGGGAGCGGGGCUACACCGGGCCCGUGGGAGAGAAGGGAGAAUCGGGCCCCCCAGGAUCUGAAGGCAUCCCAGGUCCCCAAGGCCCAGCGGGUCCCCGAGGAGAGAGAGGACCCCAAGGCAAGUUGGGAGAGAAGGGCGACCAGGGAUUUCAAGGCCAGCCAGGCUUUCCAGGCCUGCCGGGUCCCCCUGGACUCCCAGGCAAAGCUGGAGAACCUGGCCUACCUGGCCCCCAAGCGGAGAAGGGCAGCGAAGGAAUUCCAGGCCCAUCAGGCAUGCCUGGUUCCCCUGGGCCACCAGGACCUCCUGGGAUUCAGGGCCCUGCCGGCUUGGAUGGCCUGGAUGGGAAGGACGGCAAGCCUGGCGUGAGGGGGGACCCUGGUCUCCCUGGCCCCCCUGGACUCAUGGGACCUCCGGGCUUCAAAGGGAAAACGGGACAUCCUGGCCUCCCAGGACCUAAGGGUGACUGUGGAAAACCAGGUCCCCCUGGCAGCAGUGGCCGGCCUGGAGCAGAGGGUGAGCCUGGUGCCAUGGGACCCCAGGGAAGACCCGGCUCCCCAGGCCAUCUUGGGCCACCGGGGCCUCCCGGCCUGCCAGGGCCAUCUGGGAUCUCAGCAGUGGGCAUGAAAGGAGACAGAGGACCCACUGGAGAAAGAGGCCUUGCAGGCAUUCCGGGCCAGCCUGGCCCACCUGGACACCCUGGCCCACCGGGUGAACCUGGCAUAGAUGGUGAAGCUGGCAAAGAGGGACCCCCUGGAAAACAGGGACUCUACGGACCUCCAGGUCCAAAGGGUGAUGUGGGGCCUUCAGGACAGAAGGGCCAGGCAGGAGAGAAGGGGAGAGCUGGAAUGCCUGGGGGAACCGGCAAGAGUGGCGCCAUGGGGCCUGUUGGGCCACCGGGUCCUCCUGGAGAGAGAGGCCACCCUGGAUCUCCGGGGCCUGCGGGGAGCCCUGGAUUGCCCGGUGUGCCCAGCUCCAUGGGAGACGUGGUGAAUUACGAUGAAAUCAAGAGGUUCAUCAGACAAGAGAUCAUUAAAAUGUUUGAUGAGAGGAUGGCUUACUACACCUCCAGGAUGCAGUUCCCUGUGGAGAUGGUAGCAGCUCCGGGACGACCAGGGCCCCCAGGGAAGGACGGCACCCCAGGCCGGCCUGGCGCUCCAGGAUCUCCUGGGCUCCCUGGUCAGAUUGGCAGAGAAGGACGGCAGGGUUUGCCAGGAAUGAGAGGAUUUCCUGGUACCAAAGGUGAAAAGGGAGACAUUGGUGUUGGCAUCUCAGGAGAAAGUGGUCCCCCCGGCCCCCCAGGUCCCCAAGGUCCUCCAGGGUAUGGCAAGAUAGGCCCAACUGGACCGAUGGGCCAGCAAGGCAUCCCUGGCAUCCCUGGGCCCCCAGGUCCCGUGGGCCAGCCAGGCAAGACCGGCCACUGUAACCCCUCCGACUGCUUUGGGGUCAUGCCAAUGGAGCAGCAGUACCCACCCAUGAAAAACAUGAAGGGGCCUUUUGGCUAA